ACAGGGAAUAAUUUGAUGAUACUGAUCAGUGCGAUCAGACGCUCGUAGUGACAGCAACAAUGGCGGCUUCCACUGCAAACAAACAAGGACCGAGGGAACAAAAUCCGGUCACACUUGCAUAUCUAAUUGCCUACAAUGUUGCACAAGUGAUGGGAUGGAGUGCAAUUCUGUUUAUCUUCAUAUCACAUUAUUCAACAGAGAAUACAGCAAAGGGAUUGUAUGCUAAAGUUGCCCCUCUUCUCAACAUAUUCCAGACAGCAGCCAUUCUUGAGAUCCUCCAUUGUGCAGUUGGUUUUGUAAGAUCUAGUGUAAUGUUGACAGCCUUCCAGGUGUUUUCAAGAAUCAUGCUCACAUGGGGAAUAGCGUAUAGUUUAUUAGUGGUUCAGAAUGUAUUUGGUGUUUCCAUGUUUAUUUUUGCCUGGAGUGUUACAGAGAUUAUACGAUAUGCAUUCUACAUGUUCAGUUUGAUUGGAGAAGUUCCCUAUGCUCUACAGUGGUGCAGAUACACCUUUUUCAUUGUGCUGUACCCCAUUGGUGUGACAGGUGAAUUGCUGUCUAUUUGGAGUGGUUUGGAUUUUGUGAGAGAUUCAAAAAUAUAUUCUGUGGAGCUACCAAAUGCGGCUAACAUGUCAUUUAGCUACUACUACUUCUUGAUUUUCUUUAUGAUCAUGUAUAUUCCAAUUUUUCCACAGUUGUACAUGCAUAUGCUGGCACAGAGGAAGAAAGUCAUUGGAGGUGCUGGGAAACCAAAGACAGAAUAGUUCAGAUUGUCAGAAACAGACUGUAGCCAUAAUGAAUGAAACAAACUACAUGUAUAUGCCAAAAAGCAUUGUAUGAAUGAGUUUUAUGACAUGAAAGAAUGUAAAUUAAUGAAGAGAACUUGAGCGACUAACAUGACUUAGACAUAAUAUUCCAUUUAAUUGUUAUAUAAUAGACAAUCUACAGUAAAGCAUGAUAACUUGAAUUAUCCUGGGGUUUCAGUGAUCCAGACAGAAAAUAUGAGGAAAAUGGCUAGAGACCACACAAAUUUCUCAGAUCAGCCCUGGUACCCUAAUGUUUCACUGUACUUCAUUCUGUUUUCCAUUUCAUAUUUUAAGAGUUAGGUCCAUAUUUUAUACAAGAAUUUCAUAGAGAGAAAGAGUUGCUUGAACUGAAAAUGGAACAGCAUGUGAAAUAUUUAUGAGUUCAUUUAAAACUAUUGCCAGUUAAAGUGAUACCAACUGAAUUUUUGAGGAGUUUGCAAUUAUGUCCAGGUGCUGUAUGUUCACAAAACUGUUUUUAAUAUCCUUUUCAGCAAUUUUGAAAAUUUGUUAGAUCUACUUGGAAAGGAUGAUAAAUGUUUUUAGAAUAAUUCACAUAUCCAUUAGUACUGAAUGGUAUGGGACAGUUUGAUAAAACAUGUGCUGGAAAGAUAGACUGUUUGUAAAAAUGUUGCUUGUUCAUAAAUGGUGAGAAUGUCAUUUUACAUUUCAUAUUAUAUUUUUAAGGAGUAAUCAUGUUGAUUUCAUGACAGCCAUGUUAUUUAUUCAUUUUCAAUAGUUGUUUCCCAAAGAUUCAAUUGGAAAUGGAAAUCUGUCGAAAAAUUGCAUAUGGCUGACUUCAUUAUUAUAAAUGCAUAAAAAUAUACCUGUUUUACAGUUGGAGAACUAUUAUAUUGUAUUUAAACUAAGAACUAUUCGGAAGUGUGACUUCUUUUUUUUGGAUUCUAAGGCAUAUCAUCACACAUUAUACAUGCACCUGUUGAAAGGAAUAUCUGUAUGCUGAAGUCAAUAGUUAGGAUCUGUUAAAUUUCACAUAAAGAGUCAUUUAAAUACAUAAUGUUAGUGAUUUACAGUUUGGUUCAGAAUUUUGAAUAUCCUUAUUUGGAUCCUGUGUACCAAUACUUAAGUUUUAUACAAGAUGUAUAUCCGACAUUGAAAAAUAAUGAAAGGUGUGAAACUUGAAAUUGUUGUAAAAACCCAUGCAGAAUGCUGAUUCUGUCCUUUCAAAAGUGAUACUUUACAACUUUCCAAGCUUCAGUUUUUAAUUUUAUAAGAUACUCAGUACAAAUAUAUGUCAGUAUGUUUACAUAAAAUGUUAUGGAAAAUAACACAUUCUAUCGAUUUCGAAAUGGCUUUAUUUUUACUGGAAAAAAGUUGUUAAUUAGUCACUUUAAAUGUUCUUUCAACAACUUGACUGUUUUGUAAUUUAUUUUUUAAGGUGUAUGACUUGUAGCUUAAUCUGUGUAGAUUGUUUUUAGGAGAAAAUAUUGAAGAUAGUAUGAAUAAUUGUUGUCUUAUUACUUAUAUGUGCUUACAUUAAACAGAUCAUAAAACAUGAAAUAUACUUUGAUUUUUAAGAAGUGAA